AUGCGUCCCAACUCUAAUCUAUCAGAUGAAAAUUCGUCCAACAGGUAUCAUAAUCAUGCCCGUAAUCACAACAACAAUAAAAAAAUAAAUUCAAACAAAAGAUAUAACAACAAUAACUCCAGCCACAACUAUAAUUAUAGCAAUAAUUAUAACAGCAGCAGCAGCAGCAAUAACAGUAUCAGCAACAAUAUCGGCAGCAGUGCUAAUUCUACCUCCUCUUUGUUAUCUUCGACUACUCCUACUAUUUUUAAGGUUGAUUUGCCAGACAGAGACCCUGGAGAUAAGAGGUAUUCCAUUGAUGAGUUGGUUGAUGUUUUUGAUCAAUUGAAGAAUCAAAAGUUUUUCAACUAUACCAUCAACACUGUCACAAGAAAAAAAAUUUACAAUUAUAUUUCUGACGAUUUUCAAAAAAUUUUAUUUUUAAUGUUUAAAGAUUUAAAUAAUGUUCAAAAUCACAACAAGUCGUAUUCAAAUAACUCGCAAAAGCCCUAUCACUACCAUAGCUUGAAUCAAAACCAAAACCAAAACCAAAACCAAAAUCAAGUUCAAACCGAUUCUUCCAUUGCAAUUUCAAUCACAGGUGCAGAUUUAGAUUCAAAUUUAGAUUCAAAUUUAACUUCAAACUUGUCUUCAAAUUCUUUAUCAAAGGAUAAAAAUAAGUUUAACUUAUCUAUUAAGGCUCCUUCAUCUUCAUCAACUUUAUCAGGAAAUCGAAAUUUUUCUACAACUCCUAGAUCUGCUCGUUUUUCUAAAAACUCGUUAUCCUCAAAACCAAACCAAUCUUCUAAUACAAACCCGAAUGUAACUCCCUCUUCAACUUCCAACUUAAAUCAAGCUUCCAACGCAAAUGAAGAAUCCGCAAGUUUAUUAUCCUCCUUACCAAGCAAAAAUAAACGAAAUCUAUCUUUAGAUAUUAAUCAGGUUGAAAAAAGCUUUGAUGAUUUAAAAUUUAAUGAUCCAGAUAAUUCUUUGCAUCCAAAAAAUGUUGCUAAUUCUCCUUGGUUACCAAAUUUUAGUAAUCCUGCAACUCCUUUGUUUUUAAACACAUUUUCUUCUUUACUAUCCCCAAUUCCUACAACUUUGCAAUCUCCUUCUUUUUUCGAUUCAAAACUCUCUGAAAACAAUGUUAAUAAUGAAAUUAACAAUGAAUCCAUUGACCAUUCUUCUCAAUCCAAAGAGAUUCAAAAUAAUGACUCACUCAACAAUAAUGACCAAACUUCCUCUAUUGACUCUUCAAACAACAAUAACCUCAAUUCUUCAAACUUCAUUUCGAAUUCAAAUCACAUCAAUCCUAUUAAUCCUAUUAAUCCGAUUAACCCCAUCCUAUCAUCAAACUCUAUUGACUCUAUCAAAAACCCUAUCCUCAACCCGAAUAACACAACCAUUAACCAAAAAAAUCCCUCAAAUAAUCAACCUCAAGCCAUAUCUAAUUCUGUUGUUUCUGAUUUAAAUUUUCUUCGGAACCCUUUAAAUUCUUCUUUGCGUCACAACUCAAGUAACCCUCAUUUGAAUUCAAUGUCUCAUUCUAGUUCAAAUUUAAGUUUAAACAAUAACUUGGAUUUGAAUUCAAUUAACUCUCCACCACCUCCACCACCAAACUUAUUUCCAAAUCAAUUGCAUUCUUUAAUUCCACCUCCAAAUAUUUCUCUACAACAACCUUCGGAAAUCAAAUGGUAUUAUCUUGAUCCAUCAAAUCAAGAACAAGGCCCAUUCGAUGGUAUAAUGAUGAAUAGAUGGUAUGGUGUCAACUACCUAACUCCCGAGCUUAGAAUCAGAAGAGCUGACGAAGUCCAAUUUAGAACUUUGAACGAAUUUUGCAUAUCAAUUAAUAAUUUUAUAGAACCCUUUUUAGUUCCAUUGCCUUCACUUUCAUCACCUAAUAUUCUACAAAGUCAGCAUCAGCAACAAAUUCCUCAGUCUCAAUUUUUUAACCAAUCAGCUUUAUUUCCGAACCAACAAUUUUUGCAACAACAACCACAACAAAAUCCAUCCAAUGCCUGGAUGACAAAUGCAUCAAACCUUCCAGUUUUCCAUCAAACACUUACUCCAAUCGCCUCAAACUGGAACAUUGCAUCUUUAACUACACCAUCUCAAGCAACAACAAGAGAUUAUAUCUCAAACACAAACAUCGGAAUUCCUGCAAGAACUCAAUCUCAAUUUUUCAACGAUAACAAUAAUAUAGCAAACCAACAUAAUAAUAACAAUAUAAACCCCAAUGCUAUUAACACUUCAAAUAUUAACAAUGCCACAAUCAAUAGCAAUAACAUCAAUAACAGCCUUUCAAACACCCCAAUUAUCAAUAAUGACAAUCAAUCCAAUAUUAGUACUCCUCAAAGUUUGCACGCUUCAAUUCAUUCACUUUCAAAUAUUCAAACUCAAAAUAUCGGAUUUCAACAAUUAAAUCAACAAUCCCCUACAAUAAACUUUCAAAACAUUGAUUCUUCCAAUCCAGACAUUAAAACUGAUCAUAUUUUGAAUCAAAUACAUACUGUUAUUAAUGAAGAAAUUGAUUCCGAUCCAAUUCCUAUUAAUAAUGAGCCGGUCGUUCAAAGUGAAAAUACGAUUUCUACAAACUCUCCUAUUUUGAAAAAUGAACUGGUCAAUUCUUUACCUCAACAAUGGAAAUCUGAAAGAUUUGAUUCUACUUCAUCUCAAGAUAAUCAUCAAUUAUCGAAAGAAAUUUCCAAAGAUAGUAUUAAAAAGGAAAUUCCUAUUGAAGUAAAUAAACAAGAUGUUGAAGAUCUUUCAGAAGUUGAAACUACACAAAAACCAGAAGUUUUAUCAGAAAAAGCAGACGAAAAGGCUGUGCAACCAAAAUCAAAAUCAAAAUCAAAUAAUGGAAAAGAACGAAAUGCAGUAAAAGAACCUAAAGCUGAAACCAAAGAAAUCAUUGAGUUAGUUAAAACCCAAACUGUUUCGCCAAAACCUACCCCAGUUAAACCUAAGUUAGCGCCAUGGGCAAAUGCUAAUAAAAAAUCAACUCAGGCCCCACCAAAAUCACUAAAAGAAAUCCAACAAAUUGAAACUGCAAAAAGAGAAAAAGAACAAAAAUUGCAAGAAAAACAAAGAGAAACCAAAAGUAAAUUAUUGGUCCAAAAAAUACUUGCUGAAGAAGCCACUACCCAAGCUGCAAAACCUGCUCCAAUGGGUUGGGCUAUUUCCAAAACUACAAGUAAUACUGUUAAGAAAACUUUAACUGAAAUUCAAAAGGAAGAAGCUGAUAUUGCCGCUGUUAAAGCUAGAGCCGUUAGUAACUUGGUUAGCAGCAAAGCGUCCGCCAAAAAAGCUUCGUUUGCUUCAACUAUUUCAUCUACUAGCACUACAAACAAAUGGACAGUUGUUGGUUCUGCCAAAAAAUCUCAGUCAGUUAAAGCUUCCACUCCAAAGAUCACAAAUAACGCUUCAAAACCAACCACUCCAGCAAUUUUAAGAUCUGUUUCUGCUGUUCCAGUCCCCAGAGUCUCAACAAACAACAGUGCUCAAAAUAGCAGUUCAAGGUCUAAACGAGAAUUCUUACAAUGGUGUAGAGCUGAAUUACACAAUUUAAACAAAAAUAUUAAAAAAGAAGAUUUGUUAAAAAUUUUUUUUACAUUGCCAGCAGAUAACACUUCGAUGGAUUUAAUUAGCGAUUCUAUUUAUUCUGCCUCAACAACUUUGAACGGUAGAAGAUUUUCUGAAGAGUUCAUUAAAAGGAGAAAAAACGUUGAAAAGCUAUUUAUUUCCAACAUUGAUUGGGACGAAGCGUUGAAAGCUGAUCUUGAUUUCAACAACGACGAUUCUGAAUGGACCACAUCAGUGAAAAGUUCUAAGAGAAAAAACAGACGUUAA